AGCUCCAUGAGUAUGAAUGGUAACUGAAUGAUCAAAGAAAGUUGUAAAAUAAUAAAAAUUAUCAAAUUAUAAGGCGUAGUCAGACAACUAUAUAAAGACCAUUAUUCCUUAAAAAACGACAUUUCAUCGUAUUGUUUACGAAAAUAAAGUUUAAAAAUGAGAAAAGUUUUCUUAUUUAUUAUAUCAUUCUUUACAGUGGUUUGUCCUUGUUUAACUGCAACAGAUACAUUCUUCUGUUAUUUUGCAACAUGGGCUACAUAUCGCAAUGGGAAUGGAAAAGUUGAUAUCGAGAAUAUUGAUGUACAUCUCUGUACCCACGUAAUUUAUACAUUCGUAGGAUUAUCCUCUUCGGGAGAUGUGAAAUUAUUGGAUUCGUGGCAUGAUAUAAGUUUAGGUGGACUGGACCGAUUUAUUAAUUUGAAGAAAAAAAAUCCUAGUCUUAAACUACUAGUUGCUAUGGGAGGUUGGAACGAGGGAUCUACAAUUUAUUCUAAUGUGGCUAACUCCCCUAAUCUACGAUCAAAAAUGGUGUCGAGUGUAGUUAACUUUUGUAAAAAAUACGGAUUUGAUGGAUUUGAUCUUGAUUGGGAGUAUCCAGGUCUUAGAGGUGGUGCAUCUACUGACAGGGUCGCUUAUAUAGAACUCUUGAAAGCACUAAGAACUGCAUUCAACAACGAAGGAUUAAUAUUAACUACUGCUGUUGGAGCUUCUGCACAUUUUCUUUCGUCAUCUUAUAAUGCUGCAGAAAUGGUCAAACAUGUUCACUACAUUUUGCUUAUGACCUAUGAUUUGCGUUCGGCAUACGAUGGUAAUACAGGUCAAAAUUCCCCACUCUACAGCAGUUCUAAGGAAUCUUCUAGUGUUUCUACAUAUAAUGUUCAUUCAGCCGUAAAUGCUUGGAUACAAGCAGGUGCAAAUCCUUCAAGCCUCGUACUAGGAAUUCCUCUAUAUGGGAAAUCAUUUACUUUGGCAAAUUCGAACAAUAAUGGUCUUGGUGCUCGUACAACAGGUCCAGGACCAGCUGGUCCUUAUACUGAAACUCCGGGAACUCUUAAUUACAUUGAGGUAUGUGAGAAACAUUUACAAGGGGGAUGGGCGAUUGUAUGGGACAAUGACCAAAAAGUACCUUACGCCUACAAGGGAAAUGAAUGGAUUGGAUAUGAUAAUAUUGAUUCAGUGAAAGAAAAAACUGAAUAUGCAAUAUCUCGAAAUCUUGCGGGAGUUAUGAUUUAUUCUUUGGAACAAGAUGAUAUUCGUGGUAUUUGUGGGAAUGGGGAAUAUCCCUUAAUGUCUGCUAUUAGAAGCACUCUUAACAAUGGUGGGGGCAUGGACCCAUCAACAACGACCAAGGAACCCUCUAUAACCACUUCUACGAAAUCAUCUUCUACGUCUUCAGCAAUAUCAACGACUACUAAGUCAUCUUCUACUUCAACUAUAUUGCCACCGCCAAGUGGUACGGUAUGUCAGGACGUUGGAUAUGCACGAGAUCCAAAUAAAUGCAACAUCUUCUACCGUUGUGAGAAAAAUCUACAAGGUGGGUUUAAAGAAACCCAAUUCGAUUGUGGAAACCUGUGCUUCGACCUGAAUAGAAAUGUGUGUAACUAUUGUACUUCAGUAACUUGUUAAAACAAAAUUGAUAAAAUUAUGUAAAUUUAUGAAAUCACAUACAUAAGAAAUAGUCACUAUUUACUUAGGCUUUUUUAAUAUGAUAUUCUUUUUAUUCUUCAGACAAAUUAUGAAAAAUAACUUACCCAAAAGUAAUUUCGCUAAUAGAAUAUCUAAUUAAAGAAAAUCACCAGCUAUAUUAUUUAUAAAUGGCUAAAUAAAAAAGAUAUAGAAAAACAA